GAUGCCGGGAUUGCCAACGCGGAGGACGAUGCGAAGGCGGCCGAGGCUCUCUCUCUUGUCAUUGACAAAACGGACUUCGCAUCGAUGGAGAUCGUUGGGCAAUUCAAUUUAGGGUUUAUCAUCGCGCGACGGCAUACGUCGCCUACCGCAUUGGCAGAUGCUCAUGGGAACGGCAGAGGGCACAUGGACGAUCUCUUUAUCGUCGACCAACACGCCGCGGACGAGAAGUACAACUUCGAGACGCUUCAGCAGACCACGGAGAUCAUAUCUCAGAAACUCAUUCGCCCACAGCCUCUUGAGUUGACCGCCGCCGAUGAGAUACUGGCGACUGAGAAUCUAGAUGUCCUUAAACGAAAUGGAUUUGAGAUAGACAUAGAUGACGAUGCGACGUUUGGCGACGGGCAUCGACUUAAGUUGUGCGCACAGCCCAUUAGCGAGAACACCGUUUUCGACGUCAAGGAUCUGGAGGAGUUGCUACAUUUACUACAAGACCGUCCCACAGGCCAGAUGGUCAGAUGCUCUAAGGCACGCGCUAUGUUUGCAAUGAGAGCUUGUCGGAAAAGCGUCAUGAUUGGGAUGGCUCUAGACCGGCGGCAAAUGACAUCUGUAGUUCGCCAUAUGGGGAUGAUAGACCAGCCCUGGAACUGUCCUCAUGGCCGGCCCACGAUGCGACAUUUGUCUGACAUUAGU